CUUAUAGCAAGCCACGCGCUCAUCGAACAACAGUUGCUGACGUCUCGCUCGACACACGCUCAACGAAGGACAGUCGAGUUCUCGCUCGCCACUGCCGCCGGCUUCUCAGUUCAAAAGCACGAUGGAGACGCGUUGCAUUUUGGCAAUCGAUACCCAAGCUUUCAUCGAAGAUAUCAAAGCACAUCCUGUUAUCUGGGACUUGAACUUAGAUGAACAUAGGGUGGAAAGUACAAGGUCUCUAGCGUGGGAUGCUAUAUGCUACAAAUACAUCCCAAACUAUGCAAGAAAAAGUGUACAAGAAAAGAGAGAUGCAGUUGCCACGCUUCAGCGAAAAUGGAAAAGUCUUCGCGACAGUUUCACAAGGGAACUAGCAAAGGUGGAGAAUUCCAAGGGUAAAAAUGACCCAGCAACUUUAUACCGAAAGCCAUAUUACUAUUUUGAAGAAUUGUCUUUUCUACUUGGCGCAAUCGCUCCCAGAAAACGCAAAGGUGUAGCGGACAAGCCGGAACCAGAAGCCGGCCUGACACAGCCGAAACCACAAGAAACAACAGUUCCCCGGAUUGCCUCUGGAAAUCCUAUACCAGAAAAUCAUUCAACGAAGAAAGAGAAAAAGUCUCAUAUUUUCAUUGAAACUGAUAAUAAAAUUGUAACUGUAAAUAAUUCUCAGAAUCUGAACGAAACUCAAACACAUCAAAUGGGGGACGCGGAUCGCAACUUUGUAUUAUCUUUGAUUCCGCACCUGAAGCAAAUACCGGAAGAAUACAAAUUAGAUGUCCAGUCAGAGAUACUAUUGACAAUGAAAAAAUACAAACCAUAUGGGAGACAAAUGUAUAAUCAACCGUACGGUUAUUGUCCCCCAUCGUUCAGUCUACCUCAUCAACCUAUUUCAACCUCACAAAUAGCACAGUCUACUCCUCCUGCUCAACCUCCUGUAGCAACUCAUUCGUCUCGUUUUCUAAAAACUAGGAUUUCUAAAAACGCUAAGUGUUCUAAAAAAGCACCAUCCCCUGUUAUUUCUACAGGUACACUGGGAUCUACAGAUGAUGAUCCAGUUAUUGAAAAUAUUGUAUAAUUGUUUCUUCCCUUUUAUUUUUAGAGUGUAAUGUUAAAAUGAUUUAUUAAAUAUUAUAAAUUUGUAAAG